AUGGAUUCCAGCCCCCGUAAGCUUUAUCAUGUACAUGGAUUUGAUUCUAGACAAGUGCUGGACCAUUAUUUUUCGGAUAAACCUGAAAUGGUCUUUGCAGAGGAUUCAUUGAUAUUUCCCAUUGAAAAUCUUACAAAAACCUUUACAGAGGGUCACAUUAAAGGAGAUGUGAUGAUUGACCUCAGCACUGGUCCCCUGGUUCAUCAUCUGUUUUCUGCCUGUGAGUUUUUCAAGCACAUCAUAGUCCUGAAGGUCACUGACGGAUGUAUCCUGGAGCUGAAGAGAUGGCUGGACACACGGACAGGAGCAUUCGAUUGGGGACAUGCCACAAAACUUCAUUUAGAGAAAAAAGAUAAAAGUGACCAAUUACAGGAAACAGAAGAAAAAGUGAGAUCGGCCGUUCAACAUGAUAUGAAAUGUGACCUUGAGAAAGAAAAUAUGACGGAUCCGAUAGUCUUACCACCAGCAGAUUGUAUUAUCAUUGUUCGGCUCCUGGAUCAGAUCAGCAAAGACCAAGAUGACUACACGAGAUAUCUCAGGAAGUUCUCAAAGCUGCUGAAACCUGGAGGACACCUGAUAUUAAUUGGGUGUUUAGAUACAACAUAUUAUACAGUCGGGAAAGACAAGCUCCAUGCUUUUACAUAUGAUGAGGAUUUUGCCGGGAAAGUUCUAGUUGGAGAAGGAUUUGUUAUAGAUAACUGUAAGGUUAAGAAGAGAACGGCUGUGAGUGACCUUUUGGACUAUAAGGCCAUGCUAUUCAUUGCAGCUCACAAGGAGAAGUAGAAAUUGGAAACAAGCAAAUUAAGCUAAGUCCACAUAUUGUAAAAUCACUUGAAAAACAUGAAAUUGAGUUGAUAAUAAUAUUUCAUGUAAUAUUGUUCUCUGUGAAACUCUGUGGAAAAGGAGGCAUUAGUGCGAAUACUGUCCUAAUUCCAAUGUAAUUUUACCAUGUGUGAACCUGGCCUUAGGCUCUGCUUAGAUUGUAUUCAGGUCUAAGAAUAUAGGAAGACAUGUACUAAGAAGCACAAUAGGCUUUGCUAUGAUUGAAUAUGAAUUUUACUAGAAAUGUCUGAUUAAACAAUCUGUCUUCUUCUUGGACAUCAUGGUGUACAUACAAGGCUUCUGGUUAUUUGCAUUA